AUGGAUAUUGAAAUGGACAAGGGGAAGAAGAAUUCAAACUCAACGAUACUCAAGAAAUUGGAGCGAUAUUUAUCGAUGAAGAAAGGAAGUCCAACGAUCAUGUUGUCCAAGAGUAAAUCAUGGCACAGUGGUAGAAAAGCAAAGAGUCCAGUAGUACUGGCACCCCAAGGCUGUUUUUAUGUGUACGUUGGGCCUGAGAAAGAAAAGUUCAUAAUCAAGGCCAAAUAUGCAAAUCAUCCAUUAUUCAAGAUGUUGCUUGAAGAUGCUGAGAUGGAAUAUGGCUAUGAUAGCCAGGGACCCAUUUUACUUCCUUGUGAUGUCAAUCUUUUUCACAAAGUAUUGGGCCAGAUGGAUAGUGACAAGGAGAUUAAUGGGCCAGGGUGUGGAUUUGCCUCAUGUAGCCCAUUUAGUCCUGCAAGGCGUUUGGGCAAUGGAGAAAUGGGCAAGGGUUAUGGCUCUUAUGGUAUUCUCACUACACCAAGAAUGCUCAAGCUCAACAGUUUUAACUGCAUAUGA